AUGGCACCAAAUGAGGCCGAUAUUUGUCGAUUAUUAUCAAUUGGAGAGCAACGUGGAUUUCCAGGGAUGUUAAGGAGCAUUGAUUGUAUGCAUUGGAAAUGGAAGAAAUGCCCAAUUGCAUGGCAUGAGAUAUAUACUGAUCAUUGUCGUGAACCAACUAUAAUUCUAGAGGCGAUGGCUUCACAAGAUCUUUGGAUAUGGCAUGCCUUUUUUGGAAUGCCUGGAUCAUUAAAUGAUAUUAAUGUUCUUGAUCGGUCACCUAUUUUCGCUGCACUUGCUGAAGGUCGUACUGCUCCUACAAUCCCAAGGCCGUUAGAAGCAAAGAGAAAAUAUUUUACAAGUAAGCAAGAGUCUGCAAGAAAGGAUGUGGAGCGGGCAUUUGGGGUGCUCCAAUCUCGUUUUGCAAUUGUACGUGGACCUGUUCGAUACUGGGAUGAAGAAACGCUUCCAAAUAUUAUGAAAGCUUGCAUAAUAAUGCAUAAUAUGAUUAUUAAGGAUGAAGGAGCAAUGAACCUUGGAUUUGACCAUGAACAUGAAGUCAAUUCCUUUAUAUCAGUGUCACAUGGUGAAAUACCAGAACUACAUGAUUUUCUUCAAACUUAUAAUCGAAUCAGGGAUAGGACAACUAGCUCUCAACUACAAGAAGAACAUUAG